AUGACUGGCAUUAUGCAGGGCAUCUUCAUCGAUCCGACAGUUCAACAACCCCCAACUCGUGAUCUCCCUCGUGCAGUCGUUCUCCCCGAUACCCUCCCAACUCCCAAAGAGACGAAACAUCAUCCGACUGAUGGUGGCAACGAGAAUGCCUCAGUAUUUUUUGUCGGAAAUGCGACGGUGAUUAUAGAGUGGGCUGGAAUUCGGAUCAUGACCGAUCCCAAUUUCCUCCACGCUGGUGAUCACGCCCAGUUCGGUGCGGGUGUCUCGAGUGAACGACGCACUAAUCCUGCCGUUGAGUUGGAUGAUCUACCUCGGAUUGAUCUGGUUCUUUUAUCACAUUACCACGGUGACCACUUUGACCAAAAAGUUGAAGCCUCCCUCCGCCGGGAUAUCCCUAUUAUCACCAGCCCCCACGCACGAACCCAACUCACCAACAAAGGCAGCGAGUCCUUUACAAACGUUUCUGCACUGGCUCCCUUUGAAACAAGUCUCGUCGAGAUAUGCGGUACUGGGGGAGCCAAACGACCACUGCUCCGUAUCACAGGCAUGCCUGGUAAACACGUACCCAGCAACGCGGUAGUCGGACUGUUGAAUAAAAUGGCCAAUGCUAUCCCCCCAACAACAGGCUUCAUUCUCGAACUCGGCACCAGCACCGACACCCACGAUCCCACCGACUUCACCCCAGGCUACCGCAUCUACAUAACGGGCGACACCCUAAUGACGGAAGACUUACACUCCAUCCGCCUAAAAUACCCACCCGAAGAAGCACCCAUCGACCUCAUGCUCGCCCACCUGGGCGGAACAAUGAUUCCCUCGCCCACACUCUCGCCGCUCGCGUUCAUGGUUAGUAUGGACGCGGCGCAGGGAGUGCGGUUGAUGAAAUUGAUUGAGCCGGAGGUGACGAUUCCGAUUCAUGUGGAUGAUUAUGAGGUUUUUGGUAGUGGUAUUGGAGAGUUUUGGGGGGAGGUUGAAAGGGAGAAGAGGGGGAGAGGGUGA